GCGCAGUCAUCGCUGGACUUAAGUCACACACAGCACACUCAGGAACGCCAGAGCUGAGAGUGGCCACCAUACCCCAGUGGAAGAUGCAGCCUGGCCUGCUGGAUGCGUGAGAGUGGGUGACAGUGGGAGACUGCAGCACCUGGGGACACUCUGCGGAACAGGUAAACAUGCAGCAAAGCUACAGAAUUCAAAACUGGGGAGGGACAUUAAACAGGUGGGAAAAUGUGUGCUGAACCCAUUUCCUCCUCUGCCCAUUGAAUCUCAUGCAAAGAGAACCCAAAGAGAUCUGUCUUUGGCCUUCUUAUGCCCAAAACUUCCUCUCAGGGAAUCCAGGACUCCUGGCUCCUUGCUUCUGAUUUACCUGUUUGAUAGAUUCUAUUUCAGAAUAUAAAAUUUUCAGGCCUUCCUGCCUUCUCUUUCUUUCUGCCUCUAGAAAGCUCCUGAUAGUGUGGAGAAAGGACACAGAACUUAAGAUGCUUCGGUUCUCUGCGAGAUGUGCAAGUUUACAGUCUGCUCCGGCCCUAACCUUAGGCAGGGUGAAGCAUUCUGAUUGGAGGGGCAGAUUCAGAUGUACCUUUAUAAAGCAGCAGAUGUUGGAUUAUUUGUUGGAUAGAUGGGGUGGGACUGGAGGAGUAGAACACCAUUUAGGUUUUCUCCCUCAGGCACCAAAGAAGGGUUUGUGUUGUCCUUGGUUACAGUUAGAGGUGAUGAGAGCCAGAACUCAUGGGUUUUCUUAUGGGGAGACGGAAAGAAGUCAGAAUUCUAAAGAGUUAAAGAAUUAGUACUAAGUAUUUUGGAGAGGAACCUACUGAUUAUGAUGGAGAAGCAGGAGGUAGGGUGGGAAUGGGCUAUGGGCUGAUGUGUUUAUUGCUUUCCUUCAUUGUGUCCCAUCUUCCAACAACCCAGUAGCUCAGGGGGUACCUUUGUGAGGUGUGGCUUCAAGCUAUCCUAACCCCUCAGCUCAUUUUUUCUGCUUUUCCUGUUGACGUAACUGUUUGAUUCAGGGCCUCUGACUCACCCCUCGUGGUCAGGGUGGAAGUACAGGCCUGGUGCCUCUGCUGCCACUUUGAUCUGGGUUUGAACUCCACCAGGCAGCUCUCCCCAUGAAGCAAAGUGAGCAGUGUGUGUUCUCUGGGAAAUUAAUCUAGAUCUCUCUAUAGGGUUUAGGCAAGGAGAGUGCCUGGCAUGAAAGAGGAGUGCAAGGACAAAAAAAAUAAAGCCACAGGGAGGGGAAAGGUUUCUCAGGCAUCAGGGGUAAGCUGAGUGUUGUCUGUGCAAAUAUACACAUACUUAAAUACAGUAUAUGGAUUUUAUUCAUUAGUUUGCUUCUUCUGUCUGUUAUAUUCACAGCAUCUUACAGUGCCACGAGACAACAGCCAAUCAAAAGCAUAACGUUAAAAGAAAAGAAAAUUAUACAGUAUGAUUGCAUCUUAAGUGCAUUUAACUUGCACGAUUUCAAGCAUAUACAGUUGAAGGCCACUAGCUGAAAUCCCACAAAUUAAAUGCAAGCAAGGUGGAAAUCUUAAAACCUCUUUUUAUACUGGGAAAACUCAAUGCAAAAAUAGCUUUUAAAGCUCUCCGCCUUCUUUGGGAAGCAAGGUCCUCUCUGCUUGCCUGCUCCCCACCUUCUGUCUCAGCUGACAUAACUACAGGGCUGUUAAUGUGGCAGUGGCCCCAAGCAGCGGCGGAGCAUAUGCCUGCACUGCCCAGAGUAGGCGCGCUCCCGAGGGGGGUGUGGCAAGGAGGGUGCUCUCCCAGGCAUGGGUUAGCCGCUCUGGUGCCCAGAGCAGUGCGUGUGCCCUGCAGCCGGGGUGGAGCAAGCCACCCAUGGCAGAAAUUUGGUGUGCCGCCCGCGACUCCCAAGCCUCCCCCAAGCUGUCAAAAUGAAGGGGGAAUGGGGGAAUGCCGCCGGCAAAGCGGCACAGCUUCCCCCUUACCCUGAUGGCUCGGGGUAGGUUGGGAAUCACGGGCAGGUGGCGCGCCGAAUGUCACCCUCCUCAGUGAGGGCACCCAGGGCGGUCCACCCCCACCGCCCCCCCCUUCCUACACCCCUGGCCCCAAGGUUCCAUUGGCCAGGGGUCAGAUUCCACCCUUAUAUAAUUUUAGGCUAACCGUGUUUAAAUUUUGGCUGCUCUAAAACUUUUCCCUGUCCCCUUCGGCUCUCUCUCCUCAAAAAUAGUUCAGUUGGUAGAGCAUGAGACUUUUAAUCCCAGGGUUUUGGGUUUGUGCCCAACAUUGGGCAAAACAUUCCUGCAUUGCAGGGGGUUGGACUAGAUGACCCUUGUGGUCCCUUCCAACUCUACAAUUCUAGGAUUCUACAAUAUGGCCUGGCAGGCCUUAAUGAUAUCCAGGGAGCAAGUCAAAACAAGGCUUGGUGUGGCCAGGUAAGAGAAAGGUAGAGAAAGAGGAAGUCUGUGGCACAGGACACCACCAAGCUUGUUGCUCAAACCGAAGAACCAACCUGACUGGAAGCUUUUAUAGGUGUUGGACCUUAUCACGUGAUCUGCUCUGGCCAGUUGAAAUUCCAUAUUGCAGAUUUCUGGUGGGCCAUGCUGUCAUCUUCUUCUUUGGCUCAGUGGUGGUGCAUAGAAAUUUUGUUUUCCUCUCCCCAGAUACAGGGCACUUGGAAAUAAAGCCUAGAAGAAGCAUGCUGUUUGGGGUUGUCUCUGUGUUUUUAAAGAAAAUACAAUCAAUUAAAGCUGAAAUGUUCAGAUGUUUCUUGUAACAAAUGUUGUAGAUGGACAGGUUGCACGGGUCUGCUUAUUUUAUGCCUUUCUCUCCCCCCCCCCCCCCGCAUAUUCACCUGUCAAAGGCUCUAGGUCCCUGUGACCAUGUUCUCGGAUGAGCGGAAAGACGGGAGCCCCCGCUUUGGGAAGCUUCACUUUCCUGUUGGCCUUUGGAUCAACUCCCCAAAGAAACAUUUUGCCAAGCUGGGACGCAGGUGGCCUAGUGUGGGAUCUGUCAAGUAAGUGACUGCCUUGUGGUGCCCAGCUAGACUGAUAACUGACCUUGUUGUUUUGCUCCCCUGUCCCUGUCCCCCUCUCUUUAGGGUUUAUUCAAUUAAGAUUUCUUUGUAUUUUUGCAAACCUUAAAGAUUCCACAAGCCUGCUGAUGCCUCCUCUUCCAACACGGGUGGUGCCAUUUUGGCUAUAUAUGAAUAGGUACUCAGAGAAUGAGUUCACUGUUAGUACAUAGGCCGUUCUGUUGCUUGUCGGUCUGCCUAAAACACUUACUUAUUCAGGCAAAAGAGGCACCAUGAAAUAAUGCAACUGUUAAGAAGAUUCACAGCCCUGGGACUGGUCCAUCCAUGACAAAUCACCUCUCAGGAAUUACAGAGAAGAAAACUAUAGCAGGGUGGUCUGUGUAUGUGGACUUCCCUGCCUUUCUGACAUCACACCAAUCCAGUUCUCACAUCUAUUUGCAUAAUUGCAAUCCCUAGCAGUAACUGGCAAUUAGCAGCUGGGCAUUCCAUGCUACCACUGGCUCUCACCUCAGACUAAGCUGUGUACAUGCACUGUAGCCUUUGCCUGGUUAUGCAGCAUUCAGGGAAGCAUCAUGUGCUCUGAACCACCACUAUGGGGUGGGGUGCCAGGGCUACGUUACAGGGGGGUGGGGAAUUAAUUCAAAGUUAAUCCAUUCAGAAAUCGUAUGGAAUAUUUUAGGAGGCGAAGCACACAGCAGAACACAAAUGUGUGAUCUGUGCUAAUGAAAUGGGGACUGCAAUGAAUGAACAUUCUCCGGGGUUUGGGGUAAAAUGAGCAAAACAGACAAAAACUAAUUUGCAAUCAGAAUUGAACAAGAACUUCUCAUAACUUUUUUACUCAGAAGUGAAGAAAAGUAUUGCUAGGCUUGCCUUACAUCAGGAAAAUUCCUGACAUGUCCUGGUUUUCAGGUGUAAAAGUGCCGUCGGGGGAAUUUUGCCGAAUCAUAUGUAUGGCAGGAGUGGAAAUAGCUCAAAAAGCUUAAAAUCAAUUUUGGUGGGUUUCUUAAAAAAAAGCUCAACAAGUUUGCAGGUGUCAGGAAUUUAACUUUUUGAAAUAUGGCAACCCUAAGUAUUGCUAAACUGUCCCCCUUCACCUUUGUUUUGGCACCAGUCAUUUCCUGAUCCUGGCAGCAGCAGUGAUCACACUUCCAGGAAUUUCAGCUGCUGGUGGGCACCAGCAACCAGAACUGUUGCAACGGGGUGCUCCCCUCACUUGCAGGAGAGAGGAAAGACAGAAAAAUGGUGUGCAAGGUCUUAUAAAGACUUUUGAAAUUCCCAUCCUGUAGAUCAAGCCCACCCCCAGAAACAUCAUGCAUACAUCACAGAAAGGAGGGGUUGAGGGAGGAGUUGUGGUGGUAACCUGGGUGUCUGUCACCUGGCUGGUUCCCCCUUUCCCCCUCCCCAUGAGUACUUUCCAGGUGACAGAGGGGAGUUUGCAGUUUCCUGCCCCCAGAGGGAAGAGCUGAUUAUUGUCCUUUGUUCCAGUCUGUGCUGAAUCCACUCCCAUAUGCAAGUUCUUUGUGAUCUUGAUGGUCUUCUGUCUAGGACCAUCAGGGUUGGCAUAGCAACUGGGCAGGGCUCCUGUGGAUGUGCUGGUAUGCUGAAGGGAUUAUGGCUGCCCUGUAUCAAACUUUCCCCAUUUUGUAGUCCUUCCUUCAUGGAGUAAAAUAAAAGUGGAACAGUGCAAAUCCGAUUUAUGGUUGAUUUUCUAUGAAUUUAUAACAGAAGCGUAGCGCAUGUAGUGUGUGAGUGUGAGUGUGUGUGAAGUUUGUACAAACUGAAUGAUUGGGGGGGGGGGUUUCCUGCUACAGCUUGAUCCAGCAGGCUCUUCUUAUAUUCUUAUGACUUGCCCAACAAGCUUUGAGGCAGAGCAAGUUUGUUACAGUAGAUCUCCCACCUCUGAACCAGCAGCUUGGCCACUGCAUCAUCCUGUCAUUGUGGUGCCACCCUUGCUGUCUCUUUGAGUCUGUCUAUCCUCCUCACAGAUCGACAUCCUCAGAUACAGCCAGCCGUGGAAGUGAGCCUGUGGAGAUGCGCCCGGCCACCAAGAAUAAGGCCAGUCGACACAAGAGGAUUUCAGCGCUCUUCCAGCGGGGUGGGACCGGCGUGCCCACCAGCGGAGGAAGAGGUCGCUGGGCCAGUGAGAAGAAACUGGCCGAUCUCAUUGAUCCACUGCCCGAAGAUCGAGUUGAGCCCCCGUCGCAGGGAGAAGUGCCGGGGAUCCUGAAAAUCUAUGGAGGCGACAUCUCCACAGGUGCCAACUACAAGAGUGUGCUGGCCACAGCACGCUCCACUGCCCGGCAGCUGGUGCAGGAAGCGCUUGAGCGCUACGGCGUGGCGCAGGCCAAUGCCGAAGAUGCGUAUGUCUUGUGCGAUGUGGUUGGCAAUGUCAAUGGCACAGAUGGCUCCUGGCAGGCCCAGUAUCUCCGUGCAGUAGGCGAUUCUGAACGCCCGCUUGUGCUGCAGGAUGUGUGGAAACCCAAGACCGGCUGCACACGCCGUUUUGAGAUCCGCCGACGAUGUGAUGUGGAGAGGAUGGCAGAAGGCGAAGAUGGCGAUGGGUCUGGUAUGUGCGGGGUUGUUGGUAGUGGGUGAGGCUUCCAGGGAACUGUCAAUAGAUGCUCUUCUGGGUCCUAGGUCUCAAUUCUGCUCUAGGGUUUCAUGGUGUUUUCAAGUUCUUUAGAAGCUUGGCUUUCAUUCAUUUCAUUUACCAUCCAGUUAGGUUUCUAGAACUUAUGAUUUGUCAGGAAAAGAUCAAAAAGCUUUGCUGCUGCAAAGAGGCUAAUCAGCUUCAUUGUCAAGUGCUUAAUUAGCAUGUGGAAUUUGUUUUGCCACAAUAUGAUGUGGCGAUGGUCAUUAGUUUAGUUGGCUUCUAAAAAGGUUGAGGCCAAUGCAUGGAGGAAAGAUUGAUUAAUGGCCAUUAGUGCUGAGAGCUGCAAGUAUAUUCAAGGGCAGUAUACCUCUCUGAGUACCAGAUACUGGGGGCUAAGUAACAGUGCUCUCUCUCUCUCUUUAAGUUUUAUUUAUGAUUUUCCAAUAAACAAACAUACAUUGCAUACAUUGGAUUCCUAAGUACCCACACAUUACAUUUUUUACAAGAACAAUUUUAUUUAUAUUGGAAUGUGGGCACACAGGCAGCUGCAAGGGGAAACCGAAUUCCAGGGGCUACAGACUAAUGUGGUCCCCUUUCACACAUUCCAUACAUGUAAAUGGAGCAAAAGUCCUUAACUAAUUGAAUAGGAGAAAGAAUUCCAGCUCCUUGUAUACAAAUAUAUCAAAGGGGAAGUGUGAGAAAAUUAUUUCCCCCCAAAACUGCUUGGAUAUUUCCCAGUACUCCUUCCCUUCCAUGGGCCCCCAACUUGGGAGAAUUUUCAAAAUAUAUAGGUUAGGUUGUUACCUGGACUGUGGAAUGAAAACAUAGUCCUGUGACUACCAGCAGCUGCUCAGUGAGGGAAACAGAAACCAACAUAGGUAAGGGUAUUGUUUUUAUUUUGCAUGACUGUUCACAUAGAUUAGAUUUGUCUGUCUGCCAUCUCUCCCUGCCUCUUCUAGGUAUCUCCCAGGCCCGUCGGCAGCAAUCUCGCCGUUCUCGGGCCGCCUCAGGAGGCCAUGUGGCCCCCAAAGAGAGGGCGGACAACCUUUCCCUCCGUCGCAGCAUCAGCGAGAUGAAUCUCAGCACAAAACGCCGCAGGGACCGCAAAGGAGUGCUGAGCAUGGCGGUUGGGGAACCACAGGAAGCGGCUGAGGAGUCACGACUGAAGGCAGCCGAGGGGGCCGAGGGCACAUCGACUCCUCCAGCAUCUGAAGCAGAGGCCAUGGAUGUGGCCAACUUGGAGCAGCUCUCCCAGUGCCUCAUACAACCACCAACAGAGCACCCCUAUUUCCUACAGUUGUUGGGCUACAACGAAAAGCAGGUAGGUCCACUUUCCUGCUUGGAAGAUUGGGGCAGUUCUAAUCUUUUCCAACUCUAUGGUUUUGAUGAAGCUGAGUGACUGUGGGGUUCAGGGUCCUUCAGGUUUCAUGUCAACAUAGAGUUGGAAAAUACUAGAAACUUCGGCGGAAGGAAGGUUGGUUGCCCUCAUCCCACCCCUGUCAGCCACUCUUGCCCUCUCUAUUAUUCCAUAUUGUCAGGAAAAGAGAGCAGAAUUAAAUAAAGAGGGAUCUACCUAGGGAUAGGGGAGAAAUUCAAUCCACUUUGGAUCUGAAUGCAGACUUAACAGAUUCACACUUUCUGAAACCACAUGUAAACUGAAACACAGCUGUCCUUCAAAAUUUGCACUUGUCUUAAUUUUGUGAUGCAGUUCUUUAGCCAAAUAAUGUGUACAGGCAUGUGUCUAUAAAGGGAAAGUAUUAAAAAAGCAUGUAUUAGUAAAAAAUUAAUAAAAAUAAAAAUACAUUAUAUUUGGCAAAAAUUCUGGUGAAAUUGUGUAUCUCAUGGGAAAUUGCGUAUGGAAAUUGUGCAUAUAAGGAGAAACGUGCACUCAAAUGUUGACAAUUUUUGGGAAGCUUUUUUUAAAAAAUCACAAACUAUUGCAGAAAUGUGUAGAGCUGAACUUAAGAAUGCAAAAAAGAAAGAAAGAAAAGAAACUGGGAUAAACUGAAAUUGACAGACGUGUCCACCUGGAGGCCUGUGGAGCAAACAGGAAUGAAUGACCCAAGCAGGACACUUCAGUGUCAGGCCACAGGGAAAGGCAAACAGGUGUAGCCCAAGCCUGAGUGAAGUUAAGAUGAUCCACUGAAUUUCUUCAAGCUUAGUUCAGGCAACUUCUUAGAAGAAAGGGAGCAAGAUUUCCCGUACAUUUACGUGGGGGUGGGUGGGAAGCCUUCUUCUUCCUUGUGAGCCACAGCUGAGCCACCAGUAUAAAAACCUCUUUUGUGGUGACUUAGGGCUCAUCCACACUUCCUUUUGAGCUGAAUUUACCAAUUUACCGCUGAAUUGGAGCAAACAGCAAGUGGGUUUUCUUCGGAUUCAGUGGUAAAAUGCAGGUUUUUCUGGGGAAACCUGCUCAGGCACAGACCUGGAAAUCCCAGACCUGUGUUUAAAAGGAAGUGUGAAUGAGCCCACAGUGGAUCUUUUAGUUGUUGCAUCAGUCACACUACAGCUGACCUGUCACUAUUUGAGCACCCAGAGGAUCUCUUACCUCUCCAAACCCUCAUCUUUAUUUGUUUCUGUUGCAUCUGUUGCUCCAUCCCUUUUGCCUCUGGCUCCACCCACCACUGGUGUGGGCCCACGCCUAAGGAAGGGACUGAAAAGGUUUCCCACCCCUGGCCUAAAAGGCCAAUGUUUUGAUCAAGUGUCCCACUGGCCCAACACAUGCACUUGGGGUACCUCAGGGCCACUAACAGGAAUAGCAACUGCUGUGGCUGAUCUUUUCUUCCUGUAUUGCUCUAUUCCCUUCUCUCUCUUCACCAACAGGAGUUUGUAAUCCAUGUGAUGACACGCCGCCGACACAUUUUCGGCCGCCCUGAGCGCUGCCCGGCUCCAGACCAAUCCAACUAUGUGGACACGUUCCUGAGCGCCCCAGACAUCCUCCCGCGCCACUGCUGUGUUGUGUCUUCGGUGCCGCCCGCAGACCCCAGCCAGCCCCGGGGUUCGGCCAUGGUGCGGCCCUUCCGGGGAGCGUUGAUAACCCACAAUGGCGCCCCACUCCAUCGCCAGGUGGAGCUGGCUCCCGGAGACUUGCUGGGAAUGGGGCAGCACUUCCUCUUCAUGUACAAGGACCCGCGAGCUGCAGCUGCGCCGCCGGCCUGGCUGCCCAAGGCCUGGGUGUCCCCAGGGUUGGUGGGGGCCUUGGCGUGCCAGGCCUGCGGCCGUUCCCUGCAGGAGCGCCAGGAAGCUUUCCGGGCCUACCUCAAGAGCCGAGAACCUCAGCUGCGCUACCGGCCCCAGGAGCAGGAGGCCCUCUUGGCCGAGAUUGUGAGGCUGCAGGAGGCGCCAAACUGCAGGUUGGGCCCUGCCUUCCUCUUUGGGCUCUGCCUGGAACACGCUGCCCGGGAGCUGGAGCCAGGACACCUCCCCAGGUUGAUAGCCAGAAUUGCUCAGCUGGUCAAGGAGGCUGUUUGGGUAAGUGACUCGCAGUUUGGUUCAUGACCUUCAUGCCUCUUUGACGUCCUUCCCUUGUAUUCCCUCCACCUCCAUAUCCAAUUCUGAAGCCCUUUAUGUAGGUCUGUGUAUGUAGCUAUUAAGAUGGAGUUGAUAAUCAAGCAUGGCAUGGAAGGAAUCCAGCAUUUGGAGCAUUUUCGCUUUCACUAAGAAACGGCGGUGGCAGCGAGAAGCUGGUUCUUAUGGUUUUGGGUAAAAACAUGGAUCCUUCUGGCCCUUAAGCUCUCCCUGAAGGCAACUAAAGUAGUUCUAGCUAAGCAGAAUUGGAGCUGGUAUGAGAGAGCAUGUAGGAAACACUGAGUUCCUAAGAGGAAGUUGUAAAUGUAAUGAAAGGAAAUAGAUUUUCCCCAUCAGUUCCUUCAGUACCUGUUUUCCAUGGACUUCUUUCCCUUUGGCUUUCAGGCAUGGAAAGGGCUCGAGGCUACUCUGUGUUGGGUUCCAAACCUCCUUAAUUCAUUUUAUUUUUUCAUAUCCUUCUUCCCAGGAGAAGAUAAAAGAGAUUGGAGAUAGACAGCCGGAAAAGUAAGUAAGAGCUAAAGUAUGUCUCAAAUUUGGCUUCCAGAAGGUGCUGUUCUGCAUCUCGCAAGAUGUUUGGGAGGUGCUAUACUUAGCAUCUGAGCAAUUUAUCCUAGUUUUUAUCAAACUGUUAAAUUGUUUCCUAGGAUGAAUUCUUGAAGUUGCCACGUCUGAAUGCAGUCCUCAUGGACACGUUCUGGUAUUAAAUGGGGUUAGGGUUGAUGCCAGGGACUUGGGGCUUUCACCAUAAAGGUGCAGGGGUAGAGUUAUGCCUCUACAGCAAACAGCACAAUGGGCAUUUUCAAAGUCUGUCCCUGAGGGAGCUACAGACUUUUCUAAGCUUCUGUUUGCUCCGCUUUAUUUGAUGUAGUGGUCUAGCAAAUAAGUUACCGUACUUUUGACAUAAAGAGACAAAUAUCAGUUAGGUGACUAGCAACUGAAGUUCCUUCCAGCCUUCUGCAGCUUUAACACUUCCCACUCUUGUAUAAGUUACUACCUGUUACUUCCUUGUUUAGGGAAGUUUUUAAUAUUUAAUGCUGUAUUCUUUUUAACACUUGAUUGGAAGCCGCCCAGAGUGGCUGGGGAAACUCAGCCAGAUGGGCGGGGUAUAAAUAAUAAAUUAUUAUUAUUAUUAUUAUUAUUAUUAUUAUUAUUAUUAUUAUACCUCCCAAUAUAUUUGCAUGUGUCAGCUCCUUCCAUCCACUUCUAUGCAAAGACUUUAAUUUUGGCCUUUGUGUGAUAGAUCUUUCUGCAAAUACCAUUUCAAAAUCAAUAGCAUGAUAACUUGAUGGAGGAGGGGGCAUAACUGAUAUGGGGUGGCAGGAAGAGGCAGAUUUUCUGAAGGAGAAUAUCAGUACUAUUUUCACCAUUAAAACAAACAAACGGCACGUGUAUGCUCCACUUCUGGAGAGGAAGAAGCACACUAUAAUUGAGGAAAAACUGCAUUUUCUGUGAUGCAAAAAAGAUAGUUCAGUCAAGGGUACUGUGAAAAUGCAACAUCUCCAUUGCGGUAGUUCAGUUGUGGGAAAGCAACUUGUACUCAUUGCAGAAAUGAGUAACAACUGUAAUGCAUCCAGAAAGGUCCAUAGAUAAGUCCUCCUUGAUAAUAUAGCCAGCACAAUAGCGACAUUGCAAAUGUGGAAGGCAAAUCCACAAGUAAUGAAGACCUAAGUCCCUUGGAAGCAAAGUUCACAUAUGUCAAGAAAUCCUGAACUCAGUGUGAACUCUGAAAAUUUGUGGAAUGGAUUGAAUUCCAAGUAGUCAGCCCAGCUGUUGUUUUAAUGCCCCAGCCAAGAGUCAGCUGCCUCUGGGCAGCAGGUGAGAGCACCCUCCUGUCAUUCGGCAGUGCGCUAAUCCCCCUUGCGCUGUCUGAUCCCUGCAGCCAGCAGGACAAAGGAGAAUUGGGAAAUCUCAGCAUCGAGGAAGUGGCUGCUGACUUGCGCCCCCUGAUGCUCUGGAUGGCCAACGCGAUGGAGCUGCUCAGCCUCGUGCAGAAAAGAGUCCUGGACAUUGAGAAGGACCUGGACUUGGAGGGUGAGCCAAGAAUCCUGAACAUUCCCUGGGGUCAGAGGAGAGUGGAAGGGUAGCUGUUGGUUCUCUAGGACAUACAUCAGAACAGAGGGCCAAGAAGAGACAGAUAAAGGAAGACCCUGAGGGUCAGAACUUGAUGGCUGAGAGCUGUUUGGGUUUUCCAGAAAGGGGAAGGGUUCAAAUAGCAAGGGAGCUUAUGUUUUCUGUGGGUGCCUCCAGACGGUCAGUAUUUUACAGGAGAGAUUCAAGCACAUAACAGAAAAUCUAGUUCAGAUGGACUGAAGCACUUUUGUGCUAGCAUAAGGAAUGCACAUUGAACAAAUUUUUCACAGUUAUUAAAGUGACAGGGAAAUGCAUUAAAAAGUAUCAGGAGGAACAAAUAAUCACUGGGAACACGUGGAAACACCCCACAAACAAAUCAGGAUGGAUGCUCAUUGUCACAAAAUCUCCCCACAAACCAAUCAAAAGACAGGACAUAACCCAACCUCUGCAUAAGCUUUGUGGUGGAGCCUUAUGUGAGGGACAUAUCACAGAACUCUCAAGACACUCUACACACUGUUACCAGAUGAAUAAUGCAUUAUGCCAGUUUACCAAGGCCUCCCCCAGAGAAUCCUGGGAAUUACAGUUUGAGGAGGAUGCUGAGAAAGCUGCAGUAAAGAUGCACUACAGCGCUACAGUUCCCAUUGGAGAGCAAAUGAGUCGGCAAUCAGUUUGCUUUCCUGUGAUGUAGCUACACCCUGAGACUCGCUCUCUUCCCCCAUCUCUGCAGGAGCUUCCCACAAUGCAUUGCUCUCCAGUGACCUGGAGACGUGUGAUGAGGCAAUGGCGGUCUUGGACGAAGUCAUCAUGUCCACAUUUCAGCAGUCUGUGUACUACCUCACUAAGGUGGGUGAGCAAACUCUUGACGGUAAAGCCCCCCCCGCCUCCCCUUCUCUUCCCACCCACCCUUUGUAGUAGCCUGUGUUUCUCAUCCCUUUCCUCACCCAGCAGACUCUCUACUCGGCUCUUCCUGCCUUGCUAGACAGUAACCCCUUCACAGCCACAGCUGACCUGUCCCACGUGCCGGAGCUCAGCAGCAUGCCAGAAGGAAUCCAGGGGACCCUUGCCAUCUACCAGGCCACGCUCGAGUUGACCCGUGACUGUGACCUGCACCCUGACCUUGUCUCGCAGACCUUUGGAUAUCUCUUUUUCUUCUCCAAUGCCUCGCUCUUUAACACUCUCAUGGAGAGAGGUGAGCCUAGAAUGAGCUCCUGGCUUCUCAGGGUGGGAACUAGAAGAAAGGCUCAAUAGCCCAUUUUGUGAAUGAGCAGGGCGCUAGAGGAUGCCCUCCCAUUGCUCCCAUUUGCACGGGUCCUGCUUGUGGGUUUACUACGGGCAUCUGGCUGGCCACUGUGAGAAAAGGAUGCUGGACUGGACGGGUCUGUUGGUCUGAUCCAGCAGGCUCAUCUUGUGCCUUAAUGCCGCCUAGCCUCACAUUGUCUCACAGCUUCCCUGCACAUAGAUCAGGGUGAAUGCACUGUGAAACAGGUUGUAUGAAAGCGAUUCUUGAGCGUGUGGAGGAGCCAAACAGAAUAAUAGUGAUAGUGUGCGACAGACUCCUGGGUCUUCUGAGAAUCAAGAACAAUCCUGUGAGACACAGGGUGUGUGUGGAUCAAGGCAGUGAGUUAUAAUAUGUGCUAGAUCUGAGAAUGUUUUCACAGUGAGGCAUAAAUCACUUGUAAGUUACAUUUUGAGAAAGCAAAAGAAGUAGGAGAGACAGCUCUUUUCUUUCUUUUUAUUUCUUUUUUUGAGUGAGCAUUCCAAACAGGAGAGGUUUCACUAUUCACAUUGCAAAAAUGCCCAGGGAGAAUGCCUGAAACUUCUCUUCUAGUGAGAAGAACAAAUCCCCUCACAACUCUCCCUCCUCCCUCUCCUGUUUCCUCCUAUUUUCUGUCCUGGUCUCUGGUGGAAACAGGCUGUUUCCUGCCUGUCCCAGAGUUCAGGGCUGCCCCCAAGCAGGACAGGAAACAAGCAGGCUGGCUUGGGGCGGUGGCUCCCUCAUUCAGCAUUUGCAGAACAGAGGGGGAUGGGCAGGGGGGAUCCCAAGACGGUUUGCCAAGGAAGGUGGAAGAUCACCCAGGCUCUAUGUUCUUAACAUGCUUUCGCCUUUUUCCAGGCAGUUCCCACCAGUCCUUAUUCCAGUGGGCCAAGGCAGUGCAGAUCCGAACCAACCUGGACCUGGUGCUGGACUGGCUACAAGGGGUGGGCCUGGGGGACAUUGCAACUGAAUUCUUCCGCAAGCUCAGCACCACGGCCAACUUACUGUGUGUGCCCAAAACCAGCUUGCUUCAGGUGAUUGUUCCCCUUCUUGGGGCUUGAGGGUUAGGGUGGCAGCGGCUCAACUCUUGGGCAUCAGAAUCACACACACACAUACCACAAAUACUAGGUGUCACCGUUUUUAUCUGGGAACAGGUGGCUGAAGGCACAGAGGAGGGAAGCUUCAUUUCUCCCCCUUUCCUCUUUUAUGGCCUGUUUCUUUAAGAUAAGAGUGUGCUGGAGAGACUAUUAAAAAUGAACAACUUUUUGAAGCACCCACCCUCCUUGCUUUGUGUAGGAAUAAGGAAGCCUGAUUUAAUCGACCCAGGUGCAGGUUUCUGCAAGUUCACACCAGUGCAGGUUUUCCUGUUGGGCUCAGAAAACAGUACCUUGAGGUUCUCAGUUUCCCUUUUAAAAAAAUUUCUAGUCCCUAUGGAAAUAGAUGCAGUCAUCUCAGAAGCAUGACAUUUGUACAAAUGUGUUGGCUAUGUUGCCAACCCUGCUGCUGAUGCCUCCUUAUAUAUGACAGAGGUCAAAUACUUCAUGUAAAAAACCCACCCUUAACAACAUGCAAAUAUACUAAUUUGCAUAAAAUAUGCAAGUUGCAGAAUCCCACAUAACUUGUUGCAGAAUAGUAGUCAUGUUUGUAUGAGCCAAUCUGGAUUCAUUGGCUCUGUAAGCGCCUUCCUACCCUGUAUCUGCUUGGGGCAAACUCCGGUCUGGGAUUGAGUUGGUUUACCACUGUCACAGGGGUAAAAGCUAUAGGGUGAAUGGUUGUGCCUUAUAGCUAGGCAUGGUGUCAAUGAAGUGCCCUUUCUGUAUCUUCCUGCUAACACUUGGAAAGCGUUUUGCCAAUAAACUGCUUAGAUCAAUUUAAUUAAAAUCUCUUGACUGAAAAAGGGAAGGCUUUUCUCGUUAAGCAGCCAACAUCUUAAUUUUUCUUUAAAAAUGUGUGUGCUUGUCAAAACUGCAGGUGGCAGCUGCCAUCUUAGAAGAGACAUCCUCCUGCCCAGUGCUGUUUUUCUAGAAAAAAAGGUGCCAGAACUCACCAUGAACACCUCCCUCUUUCUCUUAGAAUGGCUAUGGUGCCCACCUGAGAGGUACAGAACUGAGUUCUGGGAAGUUUCGGCUGAAAAAAAAUCCUGCUCCUUCCCCUCCCACGCAUAGAAAGGCAUGCUUCUCCUAAGAUGGCGCCUGCUAUGCAGCAAGGCUAUACAAAGGAAGUUUGUUUCUUCUUCCAGGGCUAUUUUUUCAUUCAUAAGGAAAUGUUAUUCUUUUAAUAUGUCAAUUAUCACAUGAUUUAUCAAGUCUAGUUUCUGCCCCUAUUAAGGUAAAUGCUGCAGUUGGCAUAGAGAAAGAGCUAGCCAGUCAUGGCAGCCGCUAAGGAAGAACGGGUGUUUCAUGGGUCUUUUUCUUCCAGGCUUUAUUGCUAACCUCUCUUUUACCUGCUGCACACAGACAUCCUGGUCUCGCCUGAGAAAUGACUAUCCGGCACUGACCCCGGCUCAGCUCCAGCACGUGCUCACAAAUUACCAGUUGGGACCUGGGCGAGUGUCUCCUGAAUGCUGGAGCCCACCUGAAAAGGAAAGAGACGAGAUUGCACACAGUAAGUCAAGGAAAUGCUUUGUUUUUGACCCACACAGGGUUCAACUCUCACCACCUCUGGCAGGAUUUCUGUGCCCUCAUCAGGCAGAAAUUCAGCAAGUGAAGCUUUCCCCAUCAUUGCAUUAACCCCACGUUGGUGACCUUCCACAUCCCACACCAAAUGCCCAUCCCCUGCUAUCCCUCUCUCUGCCCUCAAAAUGUGGAAAUUGGAAUGUGAAAGCAUUUCACAUCUCAUGUUAUUAGCAGUUUCUCCUAUUGUCUCUUACCAGGAAUGUAUGAAGGCAGUGCUAUUUUUGUUUGGACUGGUAUCUGUGACAAUCAGCACUGCUUUGUUUCUGCUGCAGUUCAGCUUCUGCCAAAAAAAUAUGUUUUUCAUCUCUGUCUGUUAUGGCCAAAUUUAAUGCCCUUAAUUUUAAUGACAUAAUUAAUAUACAAUUCCACACCAUUUCAGUGCAAAGGAAAAACCAGAAAGCCCCCCCCCCCCCAGGAAGGGUGCACAUCAUUAAUUACGUAUCAUUUGCAGACUAAAAAGACAAGAACAACAAAUGCUUCUCCGAUUUGCUUGCCUGAUUUCCACACCUGACUGCAAACGGUCACACAAACUGCAGCAAUUUCUGUCCCUCUCUCUUAUCCAGAGGGUGUGAUCCAUGCGUCAUUUAGAGUAGAGCUACUGGUGCAGUUGCCCAAGGAGCAGCUGGGAGCGGGGAGACGGGUGUGAGACAGACAGGGUGGGCCUCACAUUUUUAAAUCUACGCAGGGCACUGAAAUUUCCAGCUAAUCCUCUGGGUGCAGCAGCCUCAAGAGCAGCUUGAGCACACCUGUUGUUUUAGAAAUGCCUUGUCUUCCCACAGGUGACAUAUUUGAGAGUUUCACAGACCACCCGCCCCUGAUCCUUCCAUGUGACGGUUUCCGCUUGCGCCUCUCGGAGCCCGUGUCAGACGACACCCUCCAUCGCCAACUCACACGCCUGCGACGUUUCCUCUGGGAGCUGGAGCGCGAAUCUCUUCCAGCCAACCAAAGGGCAGUGUACGGGCUGGAUCCCAGCCAAUGAGAAGCAGGGCACACACCACCACAAUGAUCAGAUGGCUCCUGAACCCCUGGAAACCCUUGCCAGUGGACAGACGGAAACCCCAAACUGAUUUCGGAAGGGUGGAAUCAUCCAAACCAGUUAUUGCUUGUCUGAAUACAGGGUUGUCCUGAAGGUCAAAGGUCAUUUUGACAUCUCAGGCUUUCAGUUGCAGCCUCGUACCCACUGCCGGACCCUGGCGGCAGACACUGAUCUCAAGGACCAGAAGCCCAGAAACUUCUCUGAGAGAUCAAAGCUUCUUCGAGAGAUCAAAGCUUCUCCCUGACCCAAACUUCGCUGUUACUUUUUGGCCCUGUGAAAAGCAUAUAUUGUUUAUAGCAAAAGCUAUGUAGUGCUUUUUCCUCCAAUGCAAUAAAAUUAUUAACUUGUGAC